UGGUACAGUAUGAUCGUAGGGGAAGUGAAUACGAAAGGACGCGCAUCCCAAGACCCGAGCUUCUUCUGCUUCCCCAGUUUAGAUACCAUUGUCCAUUGCAAUAUCGCAACAAGUCAGCAUGGAUUAUGAUACUAAAAGAGGGCAACUUGAUACUGGAUCCAGAGCUGUUGACAGAAUUAGCAACUUGCCCGUAAACUUAAAAGACCUCAUACUGGAACGCUUGCCACUGCACGAUGCCGCAAGAACAGCUGUCCUCUCAAAAAGUUGGAGAAAUGUAUGGGAAAUGCAACCAGUCUUGGUUUUUGAUAAUGUAUUUUUCUCCCGAAUGGUUUCAGGAAAAGAUGAACAGGGCCAAGUAUCUAAUGUUUCAAGAACCAUCAGUAACAUUCUUUUACUUCACGAUGGUCCUGUCUCCAGAUUCCAUCUUUCUGUUCCUUUAGAGUUUCCUCUUCAUAAGUGUUUGGAUGCAGAUUUGUGGAUCAAACGAAUAUCGAAAAGUGGGAUUAGGAUAUUAGAGCUUAGUAAUGAAACACGAGUUCCUUACACUAUGCCUUCUUAUCUGUUUUCAUGUUUAGAGUUGACUCAUUUGACACUCGAAAAUUGUAUACUCAACCCACCCGGAAGGUUUGGAGGUUUCAGGAAUCUGAUUGAAGUUACACUCUCACGUGUCGAAAUUGCUGCUAAUAUGUCAUUUGGGACUCGACUUAAAAGAAUCACAUUGGAUGGUUGCACUGGGAUUAAACAUCUGGGAUGCCAAUUCAACUAUCAGCACAAUCUCAUUCGUGAAUUGGUGAUCAUUAGCAGUGAAGGAAUUGAUUGGCGAUGGUUUGCAACCACCAAAAAGGUUCAUUUUCUAGGUCUCUCAUUGGAAGGGUCUUCAAAUUCUAGGAAAAACAUCACGGAUUUAGACAAGUUACUUGGGAAUAUGCCUAAUAUCGAAGAACUUUUCCUCGACAAAUUUUUCCUAAGGUUUCUGAAACCAGGUGCAUCUCUGUCCAAUAGACUUACAACCACAUUGGUGAACUUAAAAACUCUGCUACUUUCCUGUGCUGGAGGUUGGGAUUGGGUUAUCAUUCAGCGUAUCCUGUGCUUGAUUAGAAGUUCGCCCAAGCUGAAAAAACUUCAUAUAUGGCCGGAAUUGGGAGUAGACAGGGUGCAUGGUACUGAUUCAAUGGCAGCUAGUAGGGUGGAACAGUAUAUGCUAUCACCAAAUUUUGGCAACAUGAUUCUUGACCAACUUGAAACUGUGCAUCUAGAGGAAGUGAAGGGUUCAAGGUGUGAGCUUCAUUUUAUAAAGCUUUUGCUUGCAUCUUCCCCUGCGCUUAGAUGGAUGAAGAUCUCUAAAAGCAACACAAUUGGUGGUCCUAGAGAAGAGUUGAGGAUUCUAGGAGAGGUGACGCGGCUCCCUAGAGGAUCCGCUACUGCAGAAUUGAUAUGGACUUCUGCUCUUUAGCAAAAAAAUAUGGACUUCUGCUGGUAGCCUGGAGGAUUGGUGAGAGUAUCUGCUACUUUAUAAAUAGUAUGGACUUAAUUACUGGACACUGGUAGCGAGGUGGAUUGUACUCGUUAAAACUUUUCUGGAACGGUUUCCAUCUUUUCAAUCUGUUUAAACGCAGAGCUCUUUCUGACUUUCAUCUUUUUCCAUCAAGUUGUCUUAUUAGUCAUCAUUUAUCCCUUACAAUAUUUUGAAUGCCCGUUAUAUUUAUUGUCAUGUUUGCAAUGUCUUGGUCCUUGACAUUCGGCAUAACAUAAGCGGGUUUGUUUUAAUAGAUAGAUGGCCACUGCAGAAUUAAUAUGGACUUGACUACUUGUAGCCAGGCAGAAAUAUGGACUUCUGCCGGUAGCCAGUAGGAUUAGUGAGAGCAUCUGCUACUGCUAAAUAGUAUGGACUUAAUUACUGGACACUGGUAGCCAGGAUGUUUACUGCUGGACUUUUAAGCAUAUGUACUCUUGAAACAUUUCUGGAACAGUUUCCAUCUGCGCAAUAUGUUCAAACUCAAAGCACUUUCUGACAUUCAUGUUUUUCUCUCAAGUUGUCUUAUUCGUCAUCAUUCAUCCCUUAUCAGUUCUUUUUUUUUUUUUGUGGAUAACUUGUUAUCGUCAUUUUUAUGUUUGUAAGGUGUACUAGUCUGAGUUUUGUUAGUGUAGGUUAGAAGAUGAGAAUCCAGAGCAAAAAAACUUGAAAUCUCUGAAUUAAAUAAUCAAAAUAUAUAUUUUUGUCCUUAAAAAAAGAAUCAAUUUG